AAAUUCAGAAUUCAUUAGAUCUUGCUUCUGCAAAAACUGAGGUGUUACUGUUGGCUUAUGUUGCUAUGGAGUUACUGUGAGAAAUGAGUCAGAGUGACAUUCUAGAAUGUAACUGUAAAUGUAGCUAGAAAAGAACAUUACAGUUGGUCAUUAUCUGUUUGAGUGCAGGAAUAUUAUGGAGGCUUUGGUGCAGGUGCUGUCAUGUCCAGUGUGCUUAGAACUGUUCACUCCCCCAGUGCUGGUCCUGUCUUGUGCACAUAAUUUCUGCAAAAAAUGCCUGGAAAAGAUUCUCAUUCUCCAAAAUUGUAGCCAUGUCAAUGGGCAUUUCUCUUGCCCUAUGUGCAGAAAAACUGUAUACUUGAGAGGAGGAGGACUUAUUGGAUUGCCAAGGAAUAUCCUAGUGGAGAAUGUUCUUGAAAAAUUUAAGUAUGAGCUUGAAAAUCUUCAUGUCAGAGAACAAGACCGUUUGUCUCAAAUAUGUGAGGAGCAUGGAGAAAGCAUGAAUUUGGUAUGUCUCACUGAUGAUAAACCAAUAUGCGCCAUUUGCAAGCUCUUUGGAGACCAUGAAUCCCAUACUGUAGCAAAAAUUGCUGAAGUGUACGCAGAGAGGAAAAAGAGUUUCAUCAAAGGUUUAGAUUGGGUAUUCCAACAGUCUGAAUAUGCUGAGCAGGCAAGGAAGGUACCGUCCAAGAACCUUGAUUCCUUCGUUUUAUAA